CCUACCAACACGCGGCUGUGCGACGUCGUUCUUCUGAAACUUCCCUGUGUGUUUACCUUCACUGUCACUUGUGUUCUGUAAACCAGGGACAAUGUCUAUACGUGUGUUAGAGCUCAUCUUCUUCUUCUACUUUGCCUCUCACAUUCCCAUCACGUUAUUUAUCGACUUACAGGCUCUGCUCCCUGGACAUGUGUACCCGCAGCAGCUCAAAGAUCUUCUGACUUGGUAUGCAGAGGAAUAUAAAGACCCCAUGAUGUUGGAUCCUCCGGUCUGGUUCAAGUCCUUCAUUUUCUGCGAGAGUCUGCUCCAAAUUCCUUUCUUUCCCAUCGCAGCCUAUGCUUUCCUAAAAGGUGGCUGUAAGUGGAUCAGGACUCCUGCCAUCGUGUAUUCCACACACGUGGCCACCACGCUGGUGCCGAUCCUAGCUCACAUCCUUUUCUAUCAGUUCCCUAUGAAGCCCCACCCAGGGCCCCAGACUGUGCAGGAGCGCUGGUUGCUGGUCUCCAUUUAUGUUCCUUACCUGCUGGUGCCUGUGCUGCUGCUCCUCACCAUGCUGCUGUCCCCCACAUACAACUCCACCUCCAAGUCUGGAAAUGCAUCAGCCAAGACCAAGAAGAAGAACUGAUGCAUCACCAUCGUCUGCCCAACUCUCAAAUCAAAAGAUAUUUUUCUACAUUUCUGAAUGUACCGUUUAUAUGUGAUAUACAUCGAUCGGAGAAGCUGUGUUUUGUACUGCGGAACAUGUAUUAGGAAGAAUGGGCCAUUGUUAAACCAGCCAAAUAUAAAUUCAAAAGGAUUGUGGUGGUGGAUCCUGAUCGUGGUGGCAGCUGUCCGUGGUCUAUGAUUGAAACAAAACUGCUUGAUA